AUGUUUUGUCAAGAGUCUUCGUUUUCGAGUCUCCAGACAUUAAACAUAGCAAAGAGUCUUAGCUCUAUGCUCCCUAAACCAUCAGCACUAAUCAAACCCAUCUCCGCAGGACAUCGAGACAAGCUGCGUCGUUCAAACCUCGGUGAACGAUGUAAGGUCAAGGCAUCACGGUCUAACAUUGAUCAGAAAUGUCAAAUAGUGAAACAAACCGUUAAGAAAAUCAGAGUUAAGGGAUACAUAACAGCCCAAGAAGAGUUACUCGAGGGCCUAUCUUGGUCAAGAGGUCUCGAUGACAUUGCCGAUAUCGCAGGAAGAUCAUUGCUCGUGGAGCUUAUUAGCUCCGAAGCUGACCUCGGGACGGAGAAGGAUCCGGUAACGGACUACGCACAACGUUUAUGGUUCAACGCCCGUGAUGUGAAGUACGAGUGUGUGUUUGACAUGCCCGAAGACUUUGGAACCGUGGAAGCCAUCAAGAUUCAAAACCAGCACCAUAGAGAGAUGUUCAUCAAGGAAGUAGAGCUUGAGUUACCAAGCGGCUACGUUAAGUUUACAUGUGAGUCAUGGAUAGCUCCCAAGUCCAUUGACCCAACCAAUCGGAUAUUCUUCUCCAACAAGUCAUACUUACCUUCCCAAACCCCGGAGCCACUUAAACAACUCCGAAAAGAGGAGCUAGAGACCUUACAAGGCAAGAACCGCGACCGAGUUGGUGAAUUCGCCACGUUCGAACGUAUUUUCGACUACGACGUAUACAACGACAUAGGUGACCCUGACAACGACCCUAAACUUGCCCGUCCCGUGAUUGGAGGCCUCUCUCAUCCGUACCCUAGGCGUUGCAAGACCGGUCGCAAACCUUGUGAUACUGACCCUUCCUCAGAGAAACGUUAUGGGGACUUCUAUGUCCCUAGAGACGCGAAGUUCUCUACAGCCAAGUGCAAUGCAUUCAAGGGCAAGGCCUUCAUGGCAUCUCUCCCUUCCGUGUUACCACAAAUGGAGUGUUUUUUACUCGAUCCCAGCUUGCCUUUCCCACACUUCAAGUCCAUAGAAGAUCUCUAUGAAGUAGGCAUUCCCGAUUGCAAGAAAGAUUGUCAUUUACCUAUGAUCCCUAGACUUAUCAAAGCUGUUACUGAAGUUCAAGAUAAUAUUCUCCAGUUUCAUCCUCCUAUUCUCCUUAACAAGGAUAGAUUUUCAUGGAUCCGAGACGACGAGUUCGCUCGCCAGACUCUUGCAGGCAUUAAUCCUUAUAGCAUUCAGCUAGUUACGGAGUGGCCAUUAAAAAGCAAACUAGACCCUGCCGUUUAUGGUGAUCCCAACUCACUCAUUACUUGGGAAGUUGUGGAAAAAGAAAUCAGAGGAAACAUGUCUGUUUAUGAGGCUCUAAAGAAAAAAAGAUUGUUCAUGUUGGAUUAUCACGAUUUGCUUCUACCAUAUGUGAACAAAGUAAGAGAGUUGGAUGAUACAACUUUAUACGCUUCGCGAACACUAUUCUUCCUUAGUGAUGAUGGUACAUUGAGGCCUGUUGCCAUUGAGUUGACUCGUCCCCAAAAUGUCAACAAGCCCCAAUGGAAGAAGGUCUUCACACCAGGCUAUGAUGCUACUUCCUGCUGGCUAUGGAAUCUAGCUAAGGCACAUGUCGUUUCUCAUGACGCUGGUUAUCACCAGCUUAUUUCUCAUUGGUUGAGGACUCACUGUUGUAUGGAGCCAUACAUAAUAGCGGCAAACAGACAACUUAGUGCCAUGCAUCCCAUUUAUAGGCUUUUGCAUCCCCACUUCCGUUACACCAUGGAGAUCAACGCUCGUGCACGUCAAAGUCUCAUCAACGCAGGUGGAAUCAUUGAGACUUGUUUUUGGCCCGGGAAGUAUUCAUUAGAGUUAAGUUCAGAUGUCUAUGAUAAACUAUGGAGAUUCGACAUGGAAGGCUUACCUGCUGACCUCAUAAGAAGGGGAUUAGCUGUGGAAGAUGAGACCGCGGAAUAUGGAGGGGUACGACUGACAAUACCAGACUAUCCAUUUGCGAAUGACGGUCUAAUGUUGUGGGAUGCACUGAAGGAAUGGGUAACAAACUAUGUUAACCACUACUAUCCAGAUGCAAGACUAAUCAUCUUGGAUAAUGAACUCCAAGAAUGGUGGAGUGAAGUCAGGAACAUAGGACAUGGAGACAAGAAGGACGAACCAUGGUGGCCUGUCCUAAAAACACAAGAUGACUUGAUCGACGUGGUGACUACAAUUGCAUGGGUCGCUUCAGGUCACCAUGCAGCUGUAAACUUUGGACAAUACGGAUAUGGAGGAUACUUUCCCAACCGACCAACCACCGCAAGAAGAAAAAUGCCGGUCGAAGAACCAACACAGGAAGAGCUAAAAGAGUUUUAUGAAGAGCCAGAAAAAGUGUUGCUUAAGACAUUCCCUUCGCAGAAGCAAGCGACUCAAGUGAUGGUUAUUUUGGAUCUUUUAUCAACUCAUUCACCUGAUGAAGAGUACGUUGGAGAGAAACCAGAAGCAUCAUGGGUCAAUGAUCCUGUCGUUUAUGCAGCAUAUGAACGAUUUAAAUACAGGAUCCAAUGUCUAGAAAGAGUGAUAGAUGAGAAAAAUGUGAACGUUGAUUUGAAGAAUAGAGCAGGAGCUGGUGUAGUUAAGUAUGAGCUUUUGAAGCCUAUCUCUGAACCUGGUGUUACCGGAAUGGGUGUUCCCUAUAGUAUUUCUAUUUGA